UAUGUGUAACAUCAUCACUUCAACUCACAUUAUUCUUUAUUCACCUAAUAUAUGAUAGCAAUGUUGGAUGCUGAGAGCAACUUUCUCUUUGAGAAUCUUUUAGUGAGAACACACGUCAUAGAAUCCCUUAACGAGACAUUGCAGCAAAUGGUACAACGGUCAUACAUGACUAAGACAACGGCACAUAUGAUACUUGAAGAAGCAACCAAACAAUACCAUAAUUUCAUUGCGGAAUACUCACAAGCACUACCGUCUGUAAAUUUUAUCGGUCGUUUACAACAUUACUCGAAAUUAAAUGGUAUUUGGACCUUUUGCGUUGACAACAGUGUAAUUAUUGUUGGCAGCGAUCCUGGUAGGAAUGUAGGUUUGGACGUCUUGGACCUAACAACACGUGGGAACCAGUUAAAACUACCUUACCUUUUCCCGAGUCACAUAUCGCUAUUAGACAAAGAGGAUUCGGCAAUAUAUUCGCCAAAUUGUGUCACAUUGAAGGCAAUUGAGUAUUAGAUUGGAUGAUCAGGAUUAUAUCGUAAAUGGGCGCAGGAAAUACCAGUAUAUUAGAUUUAUAUGCUCUGCGACAUACUAGU